AUUCACAGGUGUCCCUGGUUAUAUAUCGUUGAAUAAACGCGUUCUCGUUUCGUGUGUCGGUAGAAAUGAUAUCGGUUCUGUUGCUGCUCAGGUGCGUCGUCUAUGGGAAUAGUUUCGACGAGUUUCCUCCGGUGUUUGCCAACACAUCGAUGGGUACGGUUUUUCUCCCGACGCAGGAACCGCGAUUUAAAGGAAUUCUUUUAAACAGCCGUGGUCAUCGACAGAAGUUUCUUCGGGAGCAGAGAGGAGCACCGAGACGCCGUAUACCUAAUACGCAAUUUAUUCAGGCAAACGGAAAGCGACAUAGCCGUUCAUGUUUUUUCUUACGCGAACGUCGAUCUGUAUCAAGACUACACGAUUCUCCUCUCUAUCGCGAGUUGCAAUUCGACUUGGCGGCUGCACAGGAUCGCGCGGAAGGAAGAGCUCGUCCACCUCGCCAUAACAGACCUGGAUUGUCCCCGAAUCCCAGAGAAAUACGGUAUGAGCAUACCGUUAAUACAGCCAGGAGAGGAGCUGUCUCAGAUAUUCCUCGACCUAAGAAUGAUGGACGUUCUCUCUUGGACUGCGAUCAACAUCCUCCACGACGAUACGUUCGACAGAGACACGAUCAGCACCGUGAUGAGGGCCAUCUCGGAUAAAUUACCGUACAACCACAUUAACGUGAUCUCCAGAUCGAUAUUCACGUUGAAGCAGAGUAACGGAGAGACGAAGAGUUCGAUAAUGAAAGUGUUGAACGAUUUCCACGUGGAUCAGCUCGGACAUUGUUUCCUGGUGAUCGCUACGGUAGACGUGGUCGCCGAAGUGAUGAGCGUG